AGAAACCCCUCUCUAUCUGUGUCCCAUGCUUUUCUCCAAUAAACCAAAGCUUUUAGUUUAUUCUUGUUUUCUUCGCUAAAUCAAACCCAUCACUGUCCUCUAUGUCGUCGCCGGGGUUCUCGGGCGGUGGAGCCUCGGAUUUCUUCGGCGGAGCAGCAGGUUUUCCCGGCCGAUCCAUUACACUUCCACCCAACAACAACAACAACAACAACAACACCCCCUCCAUCACCACCGCCACCACCAACAACCUUCACCCUUCUCACCCUCUGUACCGAACCCAGCAACAACUCCCUGCAAUUUUCCUUGACCCUUCAUCUCACAUCGCCAAACGCCAAACAUCCCCUCUCAUCGGUAAACGCACCCUCGCCGAAUUUCAUAACCUUAAUAACUACAAUAACCAUAACUCAGUCCUUUCCAACUAUCUACUUCGUUCUGUGAAGCCCAGGACUUUCCAGCAUGGUUCUCUUUCUCCGAUGGAUUUUUCCAUUUCCCCUUCUGAAUUCCCCAACUCUUCGGGCUUCCCUUCACAGCGUUUCGGCUUACCCAUUCACCACCUUCGCCCAAAUCCCGUUAAUCUCACCACCGCUCAAACCCCGUUACCCAUGAAUAAUUCGAUCCUCCCAAACACAAAUUUCCCAUACCCAAAUUCCAGUUUGGCUCAGGUUCACAACAGAAUAACAACCCAUGAACCAGAGAAGAAGAUGAUGGACCAUCGUCUGCAGGAGUUGGAAAAACAGCUUUUGGAAGACAAUGAUGAUGAGGAAGGUGAUGCAGUUUCUGUGAUUACCAACUCUGAAUGGCACUCGGAGACAAUACAAAGCUUGAUUGCUCCCGGGCAGACUCAGACCCAGAAACCUGUACCCGUUUCGUCCUCGCCCACUUCGUCUACAACGUCGUCGAACUCAUCUUCUUCCUCUGUGGCUUCACCUGCUUCGAGCUGUUCCAAGCUAUCGUUAAUGGAGGCCGCAUCGGCGAUUUCCGAAGGGAAAUUAGAUGCUGCGACGGAGAUCCUCGCCCGUUUGGUGCAGGCUUCGAACACAACCGGGAAUUCGGAUCAACGAUUCACGGAUUGCAUGGUUUCAGCGCUGAAAUCGCGCAUAAACCCGGUUGAAAAUCCACCACCCGUGGCGGAGCUGUUCAGCAAGGAACAUGCCGAGUCAACUCAGUUGCUCUUCGAACACUCCCACUGCUUCAAGGUUGCUUUCAUGGCUGCCAACCUCGCAAUGCUCGAAGCCGCAUUCGACGAUGAAAACGAGAACGCCAACAACGGCGUCAAGUUAUGCGUGGUGGAUUUCGAUAUCGGCCAUGGGGGGCAAUACGCGAACCUUCUUCACGAGUUCUCAGCGCGUCUUAACGGCAAGCCUGGCACGGUGAAGAUCACGGCCGUGGCGGAGAACGGUUCUGGCGAGAGGUUGAAGACGGUGGGCAUGAUGCUGGGUCGACAAGCGGAGCUACUCAGGAUUGGGUUUGAAUUCAAAGUUGUAUCUAACAAACUCGCCGAGUUGACUCGCGAGUCCCUGGGUUGUGACCCGGUGGGGCCGCUGGCUGUGAACUUUGCGUUCAAGCUUUACAGAAUGCCAGACGAGAGCGUGUCGACAGAGAAUCCACGCGACGAUCUUCUCCGCCGCGUGAAGGCACUCGCGCCUAGCGUGGUGACGCUGGUGGAGCAAGAGAUGAACACCAAUACGGCGCCGUUUGCGGGUCGUGUGGCCGAGUCGUGUUCUUAUUAUGGCGCGCUUUUUGACUCAAUUGAGUCGACGCCAACACGGGACAACUCGGAGCGAGUUAAGAUAGAGGAGGGAUUGAGUCGGAGGCUGGGCAACUCGAUCGCUUGCGAAGGGAGGGAUCGCGUGGAACGGUGCGAGGUUUUUGGAAAGUGGCGCGCCCGCAUGAGCAUGGCGGGUUUCAAGUUGAAACCGGUGAGUCAGAGGGUGGCCGAGUCAAUCAAAGCGCGACUCGGUCAUGGAAACCGAGUCACGGUGAGAGAAGAGAACGGUGGGAUUUGCUUUGGGUGGAUGGGAAGAACUAUUACCGUCGCAUCUGCUUGGCGUUAACUGCACUCACUUUUCUUUUUUAUUUUUAUUUUAUUUUAUUUUUCUUUGAAUAUUAUAUAUCACAUUGUUACUGUAUUUUAACGUUAUCUAGAGAUAAUGGAAAGGCAAGAAAACAAGAGUUUGGAAAAAUGUAUUAAAGAAAA